GAAAUAUUAAGCUAAAUUUGAAUUAGUGAUCUUCCGGUUGCUGUUUGUAUUACAAAUGGUUCUAAAUCCUGCUGCAAAUUGAGAUUUUGAAUCAGAGCCAUGGAAUCAUCGGAAGGGCUUAAUCGUCACCAAGUUGGUCAUCUUCCAACAGUCUUCUAUAUUCCCAACUUCAUAUCACCCGACCAUGAGACCGUUCUUCUGGAUAAUAUUUAUAAAGCGCCUGUGUCAAAAUGGAAAUCCUUGAAGAAUAGAAGGCUGCAAAAUUGGGGCGGUAUUGUACAUGAAAAAGGUCUCCUACCUCAAGAUUUGCCUAUUUGGCUGACAAAUAUCACCAAGAAGAUCGGUCAAGAAACAAGUUUAUACCCUGCACCCAUAAAUCAUGUUCUUAUUAACGAAUACCUCCUCGAUCAAGGCAUCAUGCCACAUCAAGAUGGCCCUGCUUACUUUCCCGUAGUAGCAAUUCUAUCUCUUGGUUCUCCUGUUGUUAUGGACUUCACUCCACAUUCAAGGUUGAAAUCAUGUGCCGACCAGUUGACAGAAAAGGUCGACGACAAAGAUUCUAAUGGAACGACUCACCACCCCCACCCUUUCUCUAUUCUUUUAAUGCCUCGUAGUUUGCUCAUAUUUAAGGAUGAAGCUUAUUCUGGUUACUUGCAUGGUAUUAGUGACAACAGUCUCCAAUUCUAUGAACAGGCAGUGAACAAAACUGAAGUUCAAAACUGCCUAUUAGAAACAGAAAAUGCAACCGUCAAAGUGAACCGUGAUCAUAGUUCUUUUGAGAGAACAAAUACUCGAGUUUCGUUGACAUGCCGACUUGUACCAAAGGUUCACAAGCAUUUGUUUAGGCAUUGAACACUCGUUGAAGUUUUUUUUGGUUUGUACAGUACUGGAAGUUUUAUAUAGUGUAAUCUGGAUUUAUGUCCUAGAGCAUUAAGCAUUGAUUUAUGAUUUUGCUUUGGUAAAAACAUGUAGAAGUUAGAAGUAAGAUAUUUAAUUCAGGAAAGGGAUACGAGACGGAAGGAGAAAGGAAACAGUAACUGUACCCAACCAAGGAUAGGUAAUGUUUUAGAAAGUUCAAUAGCAUAAAUUCUAAGAAAGUUUCCAUGCCUGUUAACGAAAUGAGCUCAUGAGAGCUCUUUUUCUCUCCAUA